AUGGCGGAUAUCCCUGCUGCAAGUUUCCCUGUUCUCACAAGUAAUAAUUGGAAUAGGUGGAAUGUACAGAUGAAAGUCUUGUUUCGUUAUCAAGACGUUAGUGCUGUUGUGGAAGAAAGGGGGUAUGAGGCUGAACAUGGUGGUGACACGGAGAGCACAAGGCAGAGUUCAAGAAGUGACAAAGCCUUGUUCGUCAUCCACCAAUGUGUAGAUGAUAUUCACUUUGAGAAAAUACAAAGUGCGACUACGGCGAGAGAAGCUUGGACAAUUUUGGUGCGCUGUCAUGUUAGAGGGGAGAAAAUAAAGAAAGUUAGACUUCAAACGUUACGGAGACAGUAUGAGCUUCUUCACAUGGAGGAAAAUGAUAAGGAAAAGGUAAGUGGAAGAAAGAAAGGAAGCAGUGCAGAUACAAAUGAACCAGAUGAAAAAUCUGAUUCAACUGAGAAGAAACACGUCAAGAAGAGCUCAAAGAAAAAAGAUAAAAGAAACAUCGAGUGUUUUAAUUGUCAUAAAUUAGGACAUUUUGCAUCAGAGUGCUUCUCAGGAAAAGGGAAGCAGAAGAAGUUUCAAAGCAAGGAGAAAGAGGCUCACAUUGCAGCACAAGAAGAAUCAGUUACAGAACCGCUUACCUUAAUGGUUAUGAGAACUACUGAAUACAUGAAACCACUGAACAAGAACUGGUAUCUUGAUUUAGGUUGCUCAAAUCACAUGACGUGCAAUAGAGGGUGGCUGGUGAAUUUCGAUGGCACAAAGAAGAGCAAAGUAGUAAGGGAGAGUCCAGUAGAGUUGAAAAUGGACAAUACUUCUGCCAUUAAUCUAGCCAGAAAUCCUAUUAGUCAUGGGAAGAGUAAACACAUUGAAGUGAAAUACCACUUCUUAAGGGAUAUGGUGAAUAAAGGGUAA